UCGAGUGUUGAGAGUAGACUCGAGUGCGAAUCGAAUGCAUCGAAUAUGACCCGAGGAUAGAGGUCAAGGGUCAAGAGUAUACUCCCCGUUUACCGAGGAGUAAAGAAGAAUCAAAAUGGCUGACAGUAGACCGAAAGUUCUGAAGACCGUGAAUGUGGAUUAUGAUGGGAAACAAUACCAGGUCCAGGUGGAGGAAGAACUAAUCAUAAGACUGAAUUCAACAGAUCAGGUUGUACGUGGGGCAGCGACAGAACAGCUCAUAACUUUAGUGAGAGAGUCAGACAUUGCAUGUGAGAGUUCAGCAACAUCGACUGUUAGCACUCAAGUUGCUACUCCUAGCACUCCAGUUGCUACUCCUAGCACUUCUCCAGUUACUACCCCAUCACAGUCUAAUGAGAUCACUUUGUCACCGAAGAUAUGGAGUGAAACAGAGGCCAGACUUCUUCUAGACACUAGAAUAGAAAUGGACAGUCUAUUCCAAGGUUCAACAAAUCAUAAAACUCUUUGGGGAAGAAUAGCAGAAAGAAUGUUGUUGAGCAAUGUUCGUGUUAAUGGAGACCAGUGUAACAAUAAAUUCAAGGCGAUGAAAAGAGAUUAUCGGGCGACAAAAGAUCACAAUGAACAGAGCGGCAAUGAUAAGAAAAGAUGUAGGUUUUACGAUGAGUUUGACACGGUGUAUGGCUGCAAAGCGGGAACAAGACCCACAAAGACCCUUGCUAGUUUUGGUUCAGAAGAUGAACAGAGUCCUGUCACCAUAAAGAGUAAGAAAAGGAAAGUCCGAACAACCCGACAAUCUGCUCAAAGUCCAAACUCGGAAUAUCUGGAAAGGUGGGAAAAAAGGCAAGAUGAUAGAAUACAGACAAUGAAAGCAAUGCAUGAUGAGAAAGUCAAAUUACUUGAAAGGUUUUUGGGUGUACUUGAAAACAAACAUAACCAACCAAAUUAGUGAGAGAAAUUAGUUGGUACUCAUUUAUUAGCAGUCUAGCAGGAAUACAUAUUUACACAGUUCACAUAAUUACUAUUUUUUAUAUAUUUUUUCAUAAACUAGAGAUGGGCUCUGUAGUAUCCACCUAUGCUUUAAUGAUUAUUUCCCGGGGUGACUGGGCAUAUAGUGUUUGUCCUGUCUGUCUGCUAAGAGUGUGUAUAUAUUGUACAUUGUAUGAGUAUUUUCUGCAACAAGAGAUAUAUUUUGAUGCCUCUCACAUCUUAAAUGUGCUGUGUAUACAAUAUGAAUUGUUACUAGAAGGCUUUAAUUUUAUUACAGAGAUAUUUUGGAUCUUCCAGAAGAAAUUGUAGCUGAAAUUCUGUCAUAUUUAUCACCAGAGGAUUGUUCUCGGUUAACCAUGGUGAAUAGACAUUUUAGAAAGAUUGUCUUCAGAAACAAGGAAUCCUUUUGUAUAACACAGCAAUAUCUGGAAGUCAACACAUUAGUUGCUAUGCAAAACUUAACAUUUCUGAAAAUUCUGGAUGACUUCAAUGUAGAAUCUCAAAACCAUGCUUGUGUUUUAAAGCACUACGCUACAGUUGCUAAAAUAUGUCAAGCUAUAGAAUUGGGGGCCUUGCAACACUUGCGCCAAAUCCAAUUUGUUGGGGUAGAAGUUUCUUCUUCUCUGCACCUGCUGGUACACCACCUGUCCAGCUUACCCGAGUUGGUAGCAUACAGUCAAAGUCGCUGUUCAAGUCUCAGCCAAGAUCAUGUAUUGUUGCUUUUGGAAAUUCCAGCAAUCAAAUUUAUUGAGGGUAGAGCAAACAUAUUUGAAGAAAAUGAAAAGAUGUGGUGGGCAAAUUUGUUGAAUGAUCUCUGUGGAAGGGUUACAUUUUGUCAUGACAUAAUUGAUUCACUGCCAAGAAGUAUGUUAGCAAAUCAUAGACAAGCUUACAGUUGGCCAUGGCCAUCUGGCUUGCACUCCUCUGUAUUGGAAGAAAAAAAUUAAGGCUAAAUCCAGUGUCAUAAAAUGGCAAAAGCAACUUGUUAGAUCACUUGUUUGUUUGCUACUUGUUAGUUGCAAAACAUUGUCUGAAUUAUUUGCAAAUUAUAUACACUGUAAUUCUGAUCUGUUCAAUGAUUAAGUUUACAUUGUCCGUAGUUUUGUGUUCUGAAAGUGAAGAAAAUAUUUCACUAUGCAAUAGUCACACAUACAUGUAACAUUCUUAUAUUUUAUUAUCCCUUGUUGACCAUUUAAUUUUAUGUUUUAUACCAACUACUUAAGUAAAGUAUUUUUUCAUUGUGCCAAAUAUUAGGUAAGUGGGGCAUGAUGCGCCUAGCAGAGAAAAGCUAAAUUACUCUUAAAGGAAAUAAAAGAGGCAUGCAAUAACCAGCAGAUUAAAUGAAUAAAUAAUAAAAAAAAAAAAAAUAAAAAAAAAAAUCUUUAAUAAUUAAAAAAAAAAAAAAAACAUCUUGCAAUCUGUUGCUAUCAUGCCCCACAUACCACUGACAGUACCAAUCAGUACCAAGUAUCAUGGUACUUGUCAAACUUGUUUUAAAGAUGAAAACGUGUUGUUAUGAAGAUUUAUCAUUUUAAUAAAUCAAUUUUGUUUCAAAAUACAGUGU